ACCUCCGCGACUCACAUCCACACUGGAAGCAAGCGUGACUCUCUCAAAAUUAAGUUUCGGGGGGUUAAACUUUUGUAAUUAUUUAAUAAAUCGGGGACACAUUUAAUAUAGUGGAGAGAAACGUCUCUGCUUUAAUCCAACAUGACUUCGUCAAUGCCGCAGAAGCGUUACUACAGGCAGCGAGCCCACUCCAACCCGAUGGCUCACCACACGUUUGAGUAUCCAGUGUGUCCUGAGGAAAUGGACUGGUCCUAUCUGUAUCCAGACAUCUUGACUGGCAACCUGUCUAUGAAAGAGGCCCCACAAGUCGAGUUUGCAGACAUUGGAUGUGGAUAUGGAGGGCUUUUAGUGGAGUUAUCUGGACUCUUCCCUGAUAAACUUAUCCUGGGUUUGGAGAUCCGGGUGAAGGUAUCAGAUUAUGUACGAGACCGUAUCCAAUCACUGCGUGCCUCUAACCCAGGAAGCUACCAGAACAUCGCCUGCCUUCGCAGCAAUGCCAUGAAAUACCUCCCCAACUUCUUUUCCAAAGGACAGCUUAGUAAGAUGUUCUUCCUCUUCCCUGACCCUCACUUUAAGAAGACCAAGCAUAAGUGGAGGAUCAUCAGCUCCACUUUGUUAGCAGAGUAUGCCUACACGCUGAGAGUCGGGGGUUUGGUGUAUACCAUGACAGAUGUGGAGGAAGUCCACCUCUGGAUGGUGAAGCACUUCACCGAACACCCGCUGUUCGCACGUGUCCCGGAUGAAGACCUGGUUGAUGACGUUAUCGUAACACGUUUGGGUACAUGUACGGAGGAAGGAAAGAAAGUUCAGAGGAACGGAGGGAAGAAUUUUCUCGCAGUUUUCAGGAGGAUCGAAGAUUUGCUUUGAGACGCUGCAGAGUGGACGCUAAGGAUGAUGCUCAGUGAAACUGAGCGGCAAAACAUUUUUUCUGAACAAUUUUUUUCUUCUUUUUUUGCCUCAUUUAAUACUCAUGAACAAACUUCAGAUGGAAGUUGUGUUUUCUUUUAUAAUUUUUAUGUUGUAUUAAAUAUGCAUUUCUUUGAUGAACCCACUAGAAAUGGCACAUGACCAGUAAAGCAGAGAUUUCUGUUCUGUUGCAGUACAGUCGCGAUGUGUUUCAAGAUGCUCCGCUUUAACUUUGCUUGGUGAGUUUAGGUUUAACUAAAUGAGCCAUGCAGCUGUUAUCAAACAAGAUUUCACGGUUCAGAUUUGUUAACCAUUUGACGUGAUUAAAGUUUCCGUCUGACGAUAUAAGUUCAUUACUUUGCAGCUCUGUUGAAACUGGUGCCAACUGUCCAGAUUGUAUUUGCUUGAUUUUGGGUUAUCGGCGGGAUCAUUUGGUGAGUUAAACAACUCUUAACAAAUCUUAAACAAAUCUUAAUCAACUUGAAUGCUCGCUGUAAAGUUUAAAUCAGGCGAGUGUGCAGCAGGAACAUUUGCUUUUAUGAUUUUAGCUUUAUAAUAAAGGCAGAUAUUUUAGUCUGUCAGUUGUGUGGAAACGGGAUGGUGCAGGUUAGAUAUCGCUUCAGGCGAUGAUGAUUAUGAGCAGGACAGCACAUGCCGUAAAGAUCGAAACCCACACACUGGAAAACCUCAUCUGAUCCCAGUAGGGUUAUAGACAUACUCAAGCUCUAAUAAUUAGGAAUAAUUUCACUUUUAUAUCUUUUGCUUGAGAUAUUAACAUUUCGUGGUGAAAGUAAGUAGAUAACACUGUUAAAAAUAAUUAAAGGGGCACU